AUGGCCCUAAAAGCUAGGAUUGCUCCUUUAUUGGGUUUUUUACAGGCUCUUAGAAAGGGGCCGAAACCUCCAAAAACAUAUAAUCCCAUUAAUGCACCUGUGGAGCCACAACUCAUGCUCACUUACGGCGGCGCCGCUAUGCCUCCCAUGGGUUACGCACCACCGAACCCGUAUGUUCAACCCCAAUACGUCCCACAGCCGCCACAUCCUGGAGCCCCUGGUCCUUUCAUGUAG